GAGCUAAUCGCACCACCACCAUGGAGAUUAGUCUAUUAGAUGUUGAUGGUGAAGAUUUGGAUUUGGAGAAAAGAGAUGCAGAUGUGGUGAUUUAAGGGAUAGUUUUGCACGAUUAUCUAAUGAGAAACCACCAAAUUGCCAUGUAAUACAACUAUGUUUGAAAUAUCUAGGUGAUUGGCGGAAAGAUACUUAUUGAAUGUUAGUGUAAAAAUUAUUUUAUAACGUCGGUGUAGGUUAGAAUUGGUAAAAAAAAAAAAAAAAAAAAAAAAACAGGAAACAACAAAGAGGUUAGAAUUGAAAAUCAGAGACGAGAGUGUAGGAUCGGAGAGAAGAGAACCACUGGAAGCAGCAACGCAAUGUCAUCAACAACAACAGGCGCAACGCCUCGAAGAACAGUCCAAAUCAACGUGCCACCACCACAAUCAUCAUCAUCAACUUCCGCCAUGUUCCAACGGAUCCGUCCUUCAAUUGUUACCUCAUUCCUUCAAAGACCUCUUUCUCUCCCUUUCGUCCUCUCCAUCUUCCUCUUCAUCGCUUGGAUCUCUCUCCGUUCCUACCGCUCUUCUCCCCCUCUCCCUCUCUCUUCCCCAAACCUCGACGCAAAAGCCAAUCUCCGUAGAUUCUCUUCCCAUUUCCCUUCACCUAUUGCUAAGGAUAAUCGUGGCUGGAUUCUUGACCCAAUUUCUCUUGCUCUUUCUUCCACCAUUUCAGGUGGAGCUGUUACAUGUGCUUCACUUCAUCUUGGUGAAAUUGGACCUGGAAAGUUGAGAGGAAAUCAUAGACACCAUGAUUGUAAUGAGACUUUUGUCCUUUGGGGUGCUGCUAUCAAGUUUAGGGUGGAAAACAGUGAGGUUGCUGAUAUUGGUUAUGCUGAGGUGACCAUCGGCAGAGAUGAGGUUGUUGUUGCUGCUAGCCCUGCUAAUACUGCACAUGCUUUAAUAAACAUAGAUCCCGUUCGGAGUGCGUACUUUGUAGGAUGCCAAGACAGUAUUAUAAACUAUAAUGCCUCAAGUACGGACUUUAAUGUUUGGAAAGAUCUAUAAAUUACCGCUCUUUAUAGGUUUCCUAUCACAUUCCUCUUGAUGAAAUCUAAGAUGUUUCUGAGCCUUUAUGUUACUAUGAUAUUGUUGAGCACACAGCAUGAGAAAAUUUUACCUUUUAGUUGUCUAGAUUGUACAGAGCUUAGUUACAAACUCAGAGGGUUUAAGCUUUUUACAGGGGUACAAAACAGAAAGACAGAUUGAAAGGAGGUAGAGUUUAUGCUUAGUCUUUUAAAAGAAGGGAGGUAAAAAUUCAUUCACAGUUUGUACUGAAUAGUGAAUACUGAUUGUAAAGUGGAACAUCAUUUUAUUUACCAAGUUUUCCUUAUCAACUGUUAUAUCUUAAAUGUUUAA